GUACAACAUCUAAGCGAGUUCAGGUUCUCUCUUCCGUGGGCGUGCGAAUCCCUGUACGCUGCAUUUCAAGCGAUUUCUCGAUCUCUCUUGCUGCGGCUACGACUUAUAUCUGUGGGUAAGCUGCUCGUCUUCUCGUUGUGUCUCUUGCCGAGGUGCUCUAGGUUUCCGGAGAUGGCAAGUGGUGGCGGCGGUUUCCGCGGAGGGAGGGUGGUGGGGGAUUACAUGAUCGGCCGGCAGAUUGGCUCUGGAUCUUUCUCGGUUGUGUGGCUUGCGCGGCACCGUGUGAACGGCGCGGAGGUGGCGGUGAAAGAGAUCGUCAUGGACACGCUCAGUAAGAAGCUGAGAGAAAGCCUCCUUUCUGAGAUCGUAAUCCUCAAGCACAUUAAACACCCCAACAUCAUCGCAUUGCACGACAUCAUUGAGGCUUCUGGUAGGGUUUAUCUUAUAUUGGAAUACUGCAGAGGUGGUGACCUAGCACGGUAUAUACAAAAACAAGGAAAGGUUCCAGAAGCAACAGCAAAGCACUUUAUGCAACAACUAGCUAGUGGUUUGUAUGUUCUUCGUGAAAAUAAUCUUGUUCAUCGAGAUUUGAAGCCUCAGAAUCUACUCCUCUCAUCAUCCAAUGAAAAUUCUGUGCUGAAAAUUGCAGAUUUUGGCUUUGCAAGGUCUUUGCAACCUCGUGGACUAGCUGAAACUUUAUGUGGUUCUCCUCUAUAUAUGGCUCCAGAAAUAAUGCAGCUUAAAAAAUAUGAUGCAAAGGCAGAUCUCUGGAGUGUCGGUACAAUUUUAUUUCAGCUAGUGGUAGGCAAGACUCCUUUUACUGGUAGCACUCAAUUACAGCUGCUGCAAAAUAUAAUAAAAUCAAAUGAUGUUCAUUUUCCACCAGAAAGCAAUUUGAGCCAUGAGUGCAUUCAUUUAUGCAAGAAGUUACUACGCCAAAAUCCAGUGGAACGUGUAUCUUUUGAGGAGUUCUUCAACCACCCAUUUCUUUCACCACAGAAGUCAGAUGAAUCAACGAGCCAGAGUUCAUCUGUUGCAUCAGCUGGUUUCAGCCAUAGAAGGCCCUCGGGAGAAAGUUACCAAGACUGGUUGCCUUUCCCUUUAGAUGAUGAGUCUGGAAUGCCUCAUGGAAGCCCGUUGGCAACUGUGAAUGGGAGCCCAGUUAGUCCCACUUAUGGAUUUAGUGUGGCCGUCCAUCAAAGUCCUACUAAUUCCUCCAAAUUGAGUGCUGUUUCCGAACCUAGCUCCAUUAAUAAAAUGGAAACUUCUUAUGGACAUGAUUCCAGCAGACACCCAACUGGAAAUACGAAGGAGACGAGUUUGUCUGCCAUAGGUGCUAAACAGGAUCCCAAAAUUGUGGAUUCACUAGACUUGCUUGAUCAGGAAUAUGUUAUUGUGUCUGGAUCACUCUUAGAGAUGUCAUCUUCUUUAUUAAGUCUCUCUGAGUCACGAAACUCAACCUGCAAAUCUGAAAACUCGUUAGAGGCAUCUAGAAAUAGUGCAUUAAGUGCACCGAUGCCUAUUGUUGGAGUUUCAAUCAAUAAUAUCCACACAAUGAGAAGCCUAGAAAGUGACAGCUUUCCAGAACAAGGAUCCAUGGAUUUGUGGGAUACAAUUGAACAACCAUCAGCUCGCUGUAUGACAAGGAUUAGAUUUUUGCAGCAAUGCACUUUUGUUAUGGCUGAGUUGGUGAAGGAACAGCUUGAAAAUGAUAUGCUGUUGGAGGCGUUCUCCAUUCAGUUACUAAUUCUAGCAAUUCUGAAGCAAAGUCUGCACAUCUGUCACGCACAAGCUGUCGUUGCUGCAGAAGAAAGCCCGUCAUUUGAAACUAUUAAAUCCCCCCAAAAUAGUAAAGCUUCUCAUUCUGUUUCAUCUGAGAUCGAAAAAGAGUUCCUUCUUUCAGUCGAGCAUGCAGAGGAACUUGCCAAGGACGUCGGACAAGUAGACGAAGCUGCACAUAUGCCCGAUGCUAUUGAGCUAAUAUUCCAAUCCGCGCUUGCAUUUGGAAGGCGUGGUGCUGUUGAUGAGGUGAUGAAAAACAUUGAGAGGGCUGAGGUUUGGUACUCGAAGGCGGUGAUUUUACUACAUUUCCUUCUAUUGGAAGCGCCAUGCCUUAACCUGUACCCGCCGGUCUGUCUCACAAUUUCCGAUCGACAACGCCUACGAAUAUACAUAGACGUCCUCAACAACAGGAACAACCGAUUCCGCUUACAGAGAAUGACUCUUAAAGCCUGAAAAGCUUUGUUCUGGGAAAAAUUAUUAGGUGCUGAGUGCGCACCGUCCGCUCAAGUACUGGGUACCCAGUGGUACCAAGUGCGGGUACCGCUAGGUACCCAAUACUUAUGCGGACGGUUCUCCCCGUCUGCACUCCGCACCUAAUAAUCUAUAUUGUUCAUGCCAUACCAAUGCUUCUUAGGCUGGAGAACACUAUUCUUGUAUUAUAUUUCAUUAUUUUCUUACCUGUACAGUUAAUUCUUUUGCAGCUAAUGAAUUUGACAAAAUAGGAAAUUAUAAAGUUUGAUCGGUUCCAUCCCAAAGUGAUAAA